CGCCAUUUUGAGGUGGAAACAUACGACAUACGACACGAAAAAAAAACAGAGCAUCAAAGUGUUUAUCAACGCUUAAGAAUUAAUUUACUUGUAUCUUUAUAAUGUUAAAGUUGGACGAUUUGAGAUCCUGUAUUUUGUAAAAGUUUGAUCAAGAGUCAGUGGAUGAGAUCAAACUCAUCAGAUUCUCCUGAUCUUCAUCAUGGCUGAUUCACAAGCAUCCAGAGAUGGAGAUUUCUCUCCAGGACGCAGUUCAGUCCAGCAGAAGAGACAAAACCCAGAGUCCAGCUGUGUGUCUGUGAAGAGUGACCGCUCUAUGGAUAAGCCAAUACGGUUUAAGAGUGGAGACACACGGCCUGAUCUCAGUUUUGAACCCAGUUCAGUCCAGCAGAAGAGACAAAACCCAGAGUCCAGCUGUGUGUCUGUGAAGAGUGACCGCUCUAUGGAUAAGCCAAUACGGUUUAAGAGUGGAGACAAACGACCUGAUCUCAGUUCAGUCCAGCAGAAGAGCUCAAACCCAGAGUCCAGCUGUGUGUCUGUGAAGAGUGACUGGUCUAUGGAUAAGCCACCAUUGUUUAAGAGUGGAGACACACGGCCUGAUCUCAGUUUUGAACCCAGUUCAGUCCAGCAGAAGAGACAAAAACCAGAGUCCAGCUGUCUGUCUGUGAAGAGUGACUGGUCUAUGGAUCAGCCAAUAAACUUCAAGAGUGGAGACAAACGGCCUGAUCUCAGGUCAAAUCUUCCAUCCAGACCAGUUAAAAACAAAACUGUGUUCAUGCCUGUGAUUCAACCACAAGACUUUCAUGAACGCAUGUGUCCUGGUUUCAGCCAUGACUCUAAAGCUGCUGAAGUCCUCAACACACUGAGAUCAAAUCUGAGACAGAAGUUUGAGUGUGUGUGUGAGGGAAUAUCAAAGCAGGGAAAGCCAACACUCCUGAAUGAGAUCUACACAGAGCUCUACAUCACAGAGAGUGGAAGUGGAGAGAUCAAUAAUGAGCAUGAGGUGAGACAGAUUGAGACACAGUCCAGGAGAGCAGAAACAGAGGACACACUGAUCAAAUGCAGUGACAUCUUUAGACCUUUACCUGGACAAGACAAACCCAUCAGAACUGUGCUGACAAAGGGAGUCGCUGGCAUUGGAAAAACAGUCUCUGUGCAGAAGCUCAUCCUGGACUGGGCUGAAGGGAAAGAGAAUCAGGACGUCCAGCUCAUAUUUCCACUGGCUUUCAGAGAGCUCAACUUGAUGAAGGACAAAACACUCAGUCUUUCAGAUCUUCUUCAUCGCUUCUUCCCUGAAAGCAGAGAAAUGGCCAUAUCCAGUGAUGAGUAUAAAGUGCUGUUCAUCUUUGAUGGUCUGGAUGAGUGUCGUCUGUCUCUGGAUUUUCAGAGCGAUGUGAGGUUGUGUGAUGUGACUGAAUCAGCCUCAGUGGACGAGCUGCUGACGAACCUCAUUGUGGGGAAUCUGCUUCCCUCGUCUCUCAUCUGGAUCACCUCCAGACCAGCAGCAGCGGAUCUCGUCCCCUCUGAGUGUGUCCAUCGAGUGACAGAGGUACGAGGCUUCAGUGACACACAGAAGCAGGAAUACUUCAGGAAGAGGAUCAGUGAUCAGAGUCUGGCCCACAGGAUCAUCUCACACCUGAAGUCCUCAAGGAGCCUCUUUAUUAUGUGCCACAUCCCAGUGUUCUGCUGGAUCUCAGCCACUGUUCUAGAGGAGAUGUUUAGGAAAUCACGGAAAGGAAAGCUUCCCAAGACUCUCACUCAAAUGUACACACACUUCCUGCUCAUUCAGACCAACAUCAAACAUGAGAAGGACUAUGAGAAGAAAGUGAAAGAUGAAGACAUGAUCGUCAAACUGGGGGAACUGGCGUAUCGGCAGCUUGUGAAAGGCAACCUGAUCUUCUAUGAGGAAGACCUGAGCGAGUGUGGCAUUGAUGUGGCAGAAGCAUCAGUUUACUCAGGAUUGUGCACUCAGAUCUUCAGAGAGGAGUUGGGCUUGUGUCUGGGGAAAGUCUUCUGCUUUGUUCAUCUGAGCAUUCAGGAACAUCUAGCAGCUCUAUAUGUGCAUCUCUCCUUUAUCAACAAUAACAUCAAUGUGUUUGACCAGAUUACCAAACCAACUAAUGGAGGCAAAGUGUCCCUAUCUGAUCUCCAUCAGAGAGCUGUGGAUGAGGCUUUACACAGUAGAAAUGGGCAUCUGGACCUUUUCCUUCGUUUCCUUCUGGGUCUGUCAGUGGAGUCUAAUCAGAGUCUCUUACAAGAACUAAAGACACAGACAGCAAACCGCUCUCACAACAAUGAGGAAACAGUUGACUAUAUUAAAGAGAAGAUCAGGGAGAAUCCCUCUCCAGAGAAAUACAUCAAUCUGUUUCACUGUCUGAAUGAACUGGGGGAUCUUUCUCUAGUCAACGAAGCUAAACCUCAUACGGGCCCUGGAGGAUUAGGUGCUGUGAAACUCUCCUCGUCUCAGUGGUCAGCUUUAGUGUUUGUGAUGUUGUCCUCAGAGAAGACACUGCAGAGGUUUGACCUGUGGAACUUAAUUGGAGGCAGUAAUGAUGGUGUCCCAGAAAACACAGGAGAUGAAGUUCUUCAGAAGCUGAUGCCUGUGGUUACAGCAACUAGAUGCGCUUGGUAAGUAACACUGAGAACA